AUGGUCAGAAACAUUGUGGUGCUUGGGGGCUCAUCCCACCCAGCCCUGACAGAAACGAUCUGUGAGAUCCUUGGUAUCGAACAAGGCCAAGCCCUCUUCUCAAAGUUCUCUGUCGGCGAAACCCGCGUCGAGAUCGGUGAAUCAGUUAGAGGCAAGGAUGUAUAUAUCAUACAGUCGGGUGGUGGGAAAGUCAACGACCACUUUAUCGAGCUGCUGAUCGCAAUUUCUGCAUGCAAAACCGCCUCGGCUAAGAAAGUCACCGCUGUGCUUCCUCUAUUCCCUUAUUCUCGCCAGUCGGAUGUUCCUUACAACAAGAGCGGCGCACCUCUGGUGAAAGCUGCGAAGCUGGACCAUAAGCUUCUUCAGGAUGGAAACGGCUACUCCUUCGACAGUGUUCCGCCAACGCCUCACUCCGAGAAGGGCGAAAGUUACGGGUUGUUGAAUGGGCAUUCCCUACAAAAGGCAGCUUCGAAGUCACAACUGGAUGGCGAUGGCGAUGCCAGCCCUGCACACCAAGCUCGUUCCAGCCAUUACCGAGAUUCAAAUUCCCAAUCAAAACUGGGUUCCGAGUAUUUCACCCAUUCACGAAAACGGAGCGAAUCGAACGCGUCCACAUCCAAUAGCAUAGUGAAUCGCGAUUUUGCAGUCACACCCAGCAAGAGCGAAAAUAAGGCAGAGGUUCCGGAAAGCUUCAAGCCCCGUCCGGGUUAUCGACAAUGGGUGGCACAGGCUGGCACUCUCGUUGCAGAUCUUCUGACUUGCGCUGGAGCAGACCAUAUCAUCACCAUGGACUUGCACGACCCGCAAUACCAGGGAUUCUUCGACAUCCCCGUCGACAAUCUUUAUGGUCGACCGUUGCUCAAGAAAUACAUCCAGCAAAACAUCCCAGACUACAAAAACGGGGUUGUAGUCAGCCCUGACGCUGGCGGUGCUAAACGAGCUACUGCUAUUGCCGACGCUUUGGGUAUUGAGUUUGCUCUCAUCCACAAGGAGAGAAGACCCAACAAGAUCAACGAUCGCCAAAAUGCUACCAUGAUGCUUGUUGGAGAUGUCACCGGCAAGGUGGCUGUCCUCAUUGACGACUUGGCCGACACCAGCAACACCAUUACCCGAGCGGCCAAGCUCUUGAAGAAAGAGGGGGCCAGCAAGAUCUAUGCCCUGGUGACUCAUGGCGUUCUAAGUGGUGAUGCGAUUGAUAGAAUCAACGCCAGUGCUCUCGACAAAGUCAUUGUCACAAAUACUGUUGACCAACAAGAACAUUGCAAGCGAUGCCCCAAGCUUGAAGUGCUUGAGGUAGGACAUGUUUUUGCAGAGGCCAUCCGGCGAGUGCAUUAUGGCGAGAGUAUCAGUGUGCUGUUUCAGUAUGACUAG